CGCCUGUUGAAAUAUUACUUUGUCUUAUUCAAGAUGUCCGAUGCUCUAACUAAUAAUGAAGCGUACACGGAUGUGGUGGAGCUGUGUGCCUUACUGCAAUGCUUGGGCUUCAGCGUCAAGUCUCUGGACACCAGUGACGGAAAUAUCAGCCAGGAUGGCGGGAUGAGGAGUGUUGUUAUUAAUUGUCAGACGUCUGGUCUCCACGUGGUGCUGGAGAGCCCAAGCCUGUCGUGCUCAUGUCCGACCACGAGCAACCAGCAGAACAGCGGCGUUUGGCAGGUCUCGGGAGUCACUGGCGGCAAACAACUGGAUAAGGAAUUCGGGUGUUCUCUUCUCGGCUCUCUUCCGAAAAGUCACCGCGAGCGGCUUUCCAAAGAGCUAUACGAGAUGAUCAGGUGUAUCAAGCAACAUAAUGAGUCGGAUAUCGAGAUGCCUAAAGAAGCCAUUGAAAAUAAGUCAACCAGCAUGCUUGAACUGAAAACUCCUGAGAAACGGGACUUCCCCAUAAAAUCCGAGACGCCCACGCGCUACCGGUCUCUGGAUACACUAACGUCAGCUUCUAAGAGGGAACGUGGACAGCCUCUGCCGGAACCUGGGCCUCUGCAUAAAGUGGAACAGGCUGAUGCUUCUGCUGAUGAUAGUAAAGAAAAGAAGCAAAUAAUGUGUCGAAGACAAAGCACAUAUACUCUGUCCUCUACUCCUGGCAGUGUUCGGAGGCGAAAUAAAACAUCAAGUCCAAUACACGCCUCUCAAAACACCCUGCUGGACGGUUUAAUAGCAGCUGAAAAGGCAGCCGCAGACCUGCACAAUAAACUAGCCUACGUGAUAAAAGAGUUUAUGGAGGACGGCAAACACGACUCCUCGAUAUCUUCCCUAACGCUGGACGUCUCCAAGAUAUCGUUGCUCAAGUGUGCAGAUGCCAAAGCUCAAUUCGCGUCAAGCCCAAACUUAUCCGGCAUAGGAAUGGCUAAAGACGACUUCACAAAAAGCCGUUUGAAGCGAUUCGAAAGUGCUUCAACAUCUAAUCUGGCACCGAAGGCUGGUGUAGCAAAGGAAAGCAAACUUUCCUCUAAACUGCGCCGUAUUUCACCCAAUAUCUUCAAAUCCAAGAAAGAAUCACCUGGUCUCAAAUUAGAUAAGGGUAAAACAUUGGAUGCUAAAAAUAAAUUAAAUAGCCUAUUCAAACCCAAAAUAGUAACUCCAGUGCGCACCCCUCGAUCGAAUGUGGAAGCCAGCCCCAACUUGAGCUCAUCAAGGAAGAAGUUCAGUCACGUCAAGUCUACUAUACCAAGACCUUCUUCCAAGAAGGAAUAAAAACCUUCAUAUAAUUUUAAAAGUGUUUAAUGCAGAUCCUAACUAGCGGGCAGUGAUACAAUAAACUAAUAUUUAAAUAGA